AUUGUUUAUCUUGUUCGGAAAACACGUAAAAAAGAACGUAGGAUUUUAAUGCUUGGGCUUGAUGCCGCAGGCAAAACCACGAUCUUAUACCGUUUCAAACUCGGUGAAAUAGUAACAACAAUUCCCACGAUUGGGUUCAAUGUGGAAACUGUACAGUACAGAAACAUCACGUUUACCGUUUGGGAUAUCGGAGGUCAAGGAAAGAUUCGACCACUUUGGAAGCAUUACUUCAUUGGUACUCACGCGUUAAUCUAUGUGAUAGAUUGCAACGACAAGGAUCGUAUCCCUACCGCUAAAGCAGAACUUGAGACGUUACUUAAAGAAGAAUUAUUAUCCGAUGCAGUACUGCUUAUUUAUGCUAAUAAGCAAGACAUCAAGGGUGCAAUGACAGCUCAAGAGUUGACAAAUGUCUUGGAAUUAAAUAAACUCACCGACAGAACCUGGUAUGUACAAGGCACAUGUGGUAAGAAUGGAGACGGAUUGUAUGAAGGUUUAGACUGGCUGGCGGAGCGCGUCUCCAAGACUAAAUCAAAUUAA